GGCCACGCGCUUGAAAGGUUGCAUAAUCCACACGCACGACAAUUCCCCACUUUUUAUUUCACAAUCAUGCUCUGUAGCUAGUAGCCUGUUGAUCACAGAGAUUGGUCAAUUCUUUGUUUAGGGACUAUACUGUAGCUAAUAGCCUGUUGAUCACAGAGAUUAGUCAGUUCUUGGUUUAGGGACUAUAGAGAUCAAUAGGCCACGCACUUGAAAGAUUGUGGAUGCCAUGCGGACGACAAUUCCCCACAUUUUAUCUCAGGGUCAUGUUCUACACAGACUAAUGAAGAGACAUAAAAAUUAUGAUUGGCUUUUUAAUUACGUUCAUGUUCAACACUCACCGUUCGUAACGAGUGUCUUGUUGUAACAGUUUUAGACCUGACUAUUAUUUUAACAUGAUGUCGCCAUUGCCAAAAAACGGAUGUAUUAUUUAGGCUGGCGUGACGCUUCUGCUAGAGGCAUGUUUAGUGGAAUUUUUUACCAACAAAUACUGUUACUGCUUUACUUUCGAAAGUAGGCUACCAGAGAACGGAGACUAACGUAAUUUUCCUUUUUUAAUUCUGAGCAGCUCUACCCUCCUGUUUAUUCAACUAAUUUCUAAAUAUGAAGCAGCAGGUCUGGAUCCUUUUCUUUCUAGGAGUCCCACUCUGUUCAUCUGUCAAAGUCCAUAUUAAGGUAGUCAAUGGAGACGUUACCCUUUCCCCUGUUGGAAUCAGUACUGUCAAAAGCGUGGUUUGGAAAUUUGGGAUUAAUAAGGUUGCUGAAUUUGAUCCAAACUUCAGCGAAGAGGUGCACAUAUUCGGAAAUUACGAGGGACGAACAACCUUGAAUAAGGAAACUGGCAAGAUUACAAUAUUAAAGUUAACGCCCAGUGAUAGUGGGACGUUCUCAGUUGAGGUCGACAGUGUGUUGAUGCCGGAUUCGUACCGUCUCGAAGUUCUUGAGGCAGUGAACAAUGUAACCAUAAUAAAGGCUGACAGUAGUAACAGUUCGUGUGAACUGCUCUGCACAGCCAAGCCAUCUUCAGGUGAAGCUUCCUUCAAUUAUGUAUGGAUAAAAAAUGGACAGUUUCUCUCGAAUGGAUCCUACCUGACUGUCAAUAAGAGUCACCUGUCCCACUCUUACACUUGUAAUGCAAGUAACCCAGUGAGUUCAAAGAGUACUACAGUAGAAGACAUUUGUAAAGAGGCAGUUAACAAUGUAGAUAUAAGAAAGGCUGACAGUAGUAACAGUUUGUGUGAACUGCUCUGCGAAGCUAUGCCAUCUCCAGGUGAAGGUUCCUUGAAUUACGUAUGGAUCAAAAAUGGACAGUUCCUCUCGAAUGGAUCCCACCUGGAUGUCAGUAAUAGUGACUUGUCCCACUCCUACACUUGUAAUGCAAGUAACCCAGUGAGUUGGAAGAUUACUACAGAAAAGGCAGAAGACAAUUGUAAAGGUCGCCCCAUAGGCGCAAUUGUUGGAACGACAGUCACUGGUAUUACCUUAAUCGGAUUUGGAGUUGCAAUGUACCUAUGGAAAAAAAGGGCUUGCAAGCCUGAUGAUGACACAGCAGAAAAUGGUUGUCGAGCAGGCUGCAACAGAGUCACGGACGCUCCAAAUGGUAAAUCGGGUGAAUGAAUGGUGAAGAUUGGUGGACAAAUCAACAGUUUGAGUUGUGAAAGCCAUCCAAAGAACUGAUUUGAGUUUUUUAAUGAGUUUGGAUUUUUCAUCUUCUGUCACUGGAUUUCUUCAAAACUACGAAGAGAUUCAUUUGACAAUUUCCUCCUUACGCAGAUGGUUAAUUUACUAACCGACCACUGGAAAACGGCAGACUGCCGUGGCUCUCGUCAGCUUUUAGUAUUGUAAAGCUUGGGAAGCUUUUAGCUUGUCCAUUCUAUCGGAUUUUUGUUGUUUUUGUUGUUGUGGGGAGAUUUCUCAGAAUGUGUGUGAAGAAGGCCCCCCACACCCGCUAUUACCAUGUGUUGUCUUCAUAAUAUCAAAAUAGGUUUUAGCUGCAUUGCACUUACAGUAAAUGAGACUAGAGUGGCCUUAUAGAGAUCUGAACAGGGCCAAUUCACCAGACCCUUCAUCAGAGAAGGGAAGGAGUCAGUUGACAGUCUGAAUGAUGGGUGGGGUAAAUCUCUCAUGCACUUGCUUCAGUUUUAGUACUUCUUAUCUGUACACGAGAAUG